UACGUGGUCCUGUCAAACCGAGAUCACACUUGAAGGUCGUAUUGGCCCUGGAUUUCCUACACGAGGGCGUCGUACCUGCUUUAGUCAACCGGAGGCCCACUCCUUCCGUGUUUCUCUCUUGGUCAGGUCUCAAGGUAUUGUCUUGCCUUCGCCAUAAUGCCAGGAAGACAUCGGGCCUAUACUACCGAGCACCCGGCGAAGGGCUUCAAGUGGUUCCCAUGGAAGCGGGAAAAGAAAGUGGUGGUCGAGCCUGUGCAGGUGUGGUCAGAUUGGGUGUCAAGUGAAGAUGGAACCUACUUCUAUCGAGCCAGGAAAUUGGCUGACGGUACUUGGGGAGAUUAUGAAUACACAGAGGGUUACUACAUGGGAGGUUAUGCGGGGGAAUAUGCCGGAGGGUAUGCCGGAGGAUAUGCGGAUGGGUAUAUGGGAGGUAUAGAGAUACCCCAGGAGAAGGAAUACCACCCGGCAGUUGCGGUCAGCCCUUGGAAACUCCCCGAAGAGCCCGUUGCGAUCAUGCCAGAGAGCUCCGAGGUCAUGGAGGAUCCAGAACGCAGUUUCGCGGAGAUCGCAGAGUCAGAGCCCAUUGGAGAGUUUUCGGUCGCAGAUGAGGAGGAACAACAUCAAGGCACUACCACCAACGCCACCUCAGUCUCGGGUGAUGAUGCUUUUGACAACCCGUCAGAAGACGACGGCUACCGUGAAAGCGAGCCCUUGCCGACCGUGCAAGAAGCGGAACCCAUGGUGUUCACUCACGAACCAGAACCCUUUCGAGCCUUGUCCCCAGCGCCAACAUUGCGACGAGAGUACAAACCGAGGCGAAGACAUACAACCGGGGCCGACACCAGGGUCCCAGCUUCGUACCACCGUCCGCGAGUUCCACAUCGGCAUACAUUCAACGAAGGCCAAAAUGAAGGCCACAAAGACAGUCACAGCCAGGAUCAUCACCACCACAAACGCACCAAAAGUCACGACUCGAACCACAAACAGCCGCUCCUAUUCUCCAUCUUCUAUGCAGUAACCAAAACCCAUGCCGGCCCCCAAAUCCGCCGCAUGCCCUCCGCUUCACCCCAUCGAUCCUCCACACGCGGGAAAUCAACAACACGCACCUCCACCCGCCCCUCAACCGCCACAUCCUCCUCCUCUUCCCGCGCCCCCUCAGCUUCAAAACCACCAGUCACUGCCAGGCCAACAAAGCCCAAGAAACCACCAGUACCCACAGCAAGCGAAACCACCGUCGUCGUGCCUCUCGACACGGGCGUACCGUCUGUGGUUGCGCCGCCGGGGAAAGCGACGAUCACCAAGACGAAGAAGUUUAACUCCAAGAUUAAGAGCGAGAAGGAGAUGAAGGUGGAUAGUAAGAAGAUGAUCAAGGGGUGGUUGGCGGGGAUGGAGCCAGGAGCGGAAGAUAAGAAGAUGAAGGGUAAGGGUAGUGGGAAGGAAAGAGGGAGGAGGAUGACGAAGUGA